GUCAAUGGCGUUAACAUUAGUCAACAUUAACACACAGAUGGCCACACAGAACACAACCACACACAGAUACACUGCUGUGGGAUGUGGGACCAGCUGACACCUGACCCCCCCCCCCCUCCAGGUGUGGGGGAGGCGAUGGGAGCCAACAACAGCGGCGUGCUGUACGCCCUGUGGAGCUACCAGGGGCAGGCCGCUGACGAGCUGGGCUUCAAUGAGGGGGACAUGGUGACCAUCCUGCAGAAGGCCCAGGGGGUGGACUGGUGGUGGGCCUCGCUCUGCGGCCGCGAGGGCUUUGUGCCCAACAACAACUUUGGGAUGAUGCUUGCGUCACGCUUCAGAUACGAGGCGAGAUUUGAGCAACGUGUGCUUUUAGCUAGAGAAGAAGAUAAUUACAUGGUGAGGUUCUCUGUCGUGUCUCCCUUUUGUUCAUUAAAAACAAAGGUUUGAGCUGAGAUACAAAGUGGAAAUAACAAACAUAGCUGUGCUCCUGUAAUUCAUUCAGGAAUAUUUUGCCUGUCUGUCUGUUCCUGCAGCUCUUCCCAAAGGUCCGUCCUAAGUCUCUGUGUUGAUGCGUCUCUCUGGGCUCACGGAUCAGAGGACGACGUUGUCUCAUCUGGUGUUCUACACCAUGUCCCUCCACCAGGGGGAGCCAGGGAGUUAGGCCUGGCCUUUACGAGUGGCCAGGCGGACAGGUAGACACGUGGACAAGGGGAGGGACUUCAACUGGUUUGCAACUGCUGCAAUUGUGAGGAGCACAAGAAGAGGUGUGCGACUGUGCGUAGGGCGUUUCGUUGAAAGCCAGUGGGGGGAAAUAGUAAAGUGUCUAAAACUAAAGUUUAAAUCCAUCUAGGGACGCCUCACAAGUUGUCUGUGGGAAGUAAAAGGAACAUUCAAGUGUGUUGUGUGCCUGAACAAUGAAUCACAGCUUCACACUAAAAGUCCUGAUAACAUAGAAAUUAAUUUAGAAAUUUAAUUUACUUUGAUGGCAGAUCUUACUGAUAAAGCUUUGAACAAAGACAACUUACCGAGUGCCUUCACAGGGUUUAUAAAAUAAAGAAGAGAAUAGUUUGUAUUCUUUAUGUAGAGCUGUAGUUUAAAUGCAUCCUUCAGCAUGGCACACAACCUGCAUGAUUGCGCCAUACAAUGACACUCAGCUGUGAAGAGAACUUAUUCGCCUGGUGGCCAUAGGCUACUAGGGUAGUUGGGUGGGUAAACCUCUUUUAGAGGCUUCGAAAAAACCAUGGCAACUCAAUGCAUCUGCUUCUAGUUCUGCAUUCCAUUUGGAAUUAGUUUGGCAAACCAUUUAGGUCUAUAAUCAUUGUGUCCACAAAGCCCCAAUGAUUAUAGAAGGUUUACGAACCCAACUGACCAACAUGGCCUACGCUUUUCACAAUUUUGUCUUUUUUUUUUUUCAGAUAUUGAAAAUGUACAGCUCUGAUGGAUUUCAACCUCUCUAUUUUGCUCAAUAUAGCAAUUGUUCAUGUGUAUGAAUCUGAAUCUUAUUGAAUAAAUAUAUAUCAGGAAGAAUGUGUA